AUGUCGCGCGAAUCGCUGAGAUUACGCCUGGUGGAGAUGAUAGAAACCGAAACAAGUAUUUGGGAUAUCAACUGCGACGAAUACCAUUUAUUGGGAAAGAAAACUGCGGCAUGGGAAAGAAUACUCCGGAAACUGCAGAAUGAGAGCUUCAAUGUUUCUAUGUCAGAGAUACAAGGGGCAUGGAAGAGCAUUAAGGAUGCUCGGCGAAAAAGGAAAAGACUGGAGGCGACAACAGGAUCACCAGCCCUAAAAAAGUGGAAGUACGAAGAACUACUGACAUUUUUGGACCGAAAUGACUACGAUGGGAGCACGAUAUCCAAUAUCGACAUAAAUGGCAAUUUCUGUUUAACGGAGCAACUACCGCUUGAAAAGGAGGUGGAAGAAGAACGUCUAAAAUUGGGACCAAAAGAAGAGAAAUCAAAAAAAUCGAAGCAGGAUGAAGCGCUAUGUAUGAUCAAGGAAGCAGCUGCGGCCGUAAAAGCGCAGGUGGAGAAAAGGGAAGCCCCCAGCAAGGAAAAAUCAGAUGACAGAAUUGAAUUUCGGGAUAACAAGUACUGGUACUUC